AUGGGCCAGCAACAAUCAGCCGAGGAUAAGAAGAGCUCGGGCUCCAGAUCUGGCACACCACAAGCUGAAAGGGAACGCAAGAUCAACCGAAGGGUUUCCAUCCAAGCCCUUUCACAGGGCCGAGGCACCCCUGUAGACGCUUCUGCUACGAAAGACACCGCUGUUGCUCAAACCACUUCCCAACAUCUCGAGAAGCCGGCAUUACAGCAGUACCUUCAGGCCUCGUCCUCUGACCCUCAUGGCAGAGCCACCAAGGUUGAGAGGUCCACCUCGAGGACAUCUCGAGAGAAGAGGAAUGAGUUGGAACACAGACAGAAAUAUCAGUCCUCAAGCCAGCCACCCCUUGCUGUCCCACAGGCUUCGGGCCCCAUGGAUGUACCCAUGUCACGAAGCAAACAAGAGACUAUCGAGGAACGCUUUGAGGAGAAGCAGGAGGAUUUCCCAGACGCUCAUCCGUACGAAGACCGGCGUUAUGCACCCGUGGCUCAACUUCGACCGCCUCGUCUCCCUCUUCCGAUCGCUGAUGUGCCGGUCCCGGAAUCACCAACCCUGAUGCCAGUUGACAAGGGCAAUGCCGACGUCCCAAUAUUCGAGACUGAUGAUCCUCUGUCGACUGGAGAACCUCCGAUGAGAAGAAGGAGUUCCAUGUUGAGCACGACCACGCAAUCCGAGGACGAGCUUGGCGAAGAAUUGCAGCCGUACGCCGUUCACCCUACGACUGAAACUGUUCCGACUGUCAUCGAGUGGAAUCAAGGUGGGCACAAGGUAUACGUGACGGGAACCUUUGCAAAUUGGGAAAAGAAAUACAGACUGCAUCCGAGGAAGAACGCGCCUGGCAUGUUCACCACUAUCAAUCUGCCUUCAGGAACGCAUCAUCUUAAGUUCGUGGUGGACGGAGAAAUGGUCACCAGCCCUGAGCUGCCCACCGCAGUCGACUUUAACAAUUUCUUAGUCAACUACAUUGAGAUUGCUACGGAAGAUAUCACCAAGCCCAGAAGAGAAAGCACCCAGCCCGGAGCUAAGGCUACCGCACUACUACCAGAGGAACAACGCGAACAAGCCGAAUCCGGAGAGCAGACUCCUGAAGAUUCCGACAUGGAAGAACCACAUCUUGAGGAAAUCCCAAUGGGUGAUUGGAGGCAAGUCGUUCCACCGUAUCUGAACGAUGUCGACUUGCCUGAAGACGACCCGAAAUACAAAGCUGCGGGUAAUAUCAUCCAAGAACUUGGCAAUCCGCCAGCCCUGCCGCUCUUCUUGAGCAGGUCUAUUCUGAAUGGUAUUUUGCCGGUCAAGGACGAUAACAGCGUCUUGACUCUGCCAAACCAUACCGUCCUCAACCAUCUCAUGACUAGUAGUGUGAAGAAUGGUGUCCUGGCGACGAGUGUGACGACCCGCUACAAGAAAAAGUACGUGACUACGAUCUCCUUUAAGCCUGUUCCAAGGGCACAAACUGCUGAAUGA